AUGGCUGCUGAUGACGACCGGUUGCCGCAACUCGAGGUUGCGUUUUCUGUCCUCGCCGUCGACUCACAUUGGCUGGUCAGGCUGUCCUCGCUCGCUCCGCUCUCUGCAAAAGGGACUCAUCAGUUCUGGGGAGUCACUAAUGUGGCUCGCGAGGAGGCUUGCAUGUGCCACAUCUUGAGAUGUGCCCCCAAAAGGGUUGUCGACGGCUGCCUGCCCUGCCUCUCCGCUCAGAAGGACAAGGUUUACCUUGUUGUCUCGAUUGUGAGGGAUCCUACGUAUAUUGCUUCUUUGUCUGCAGCCCACCUUCGCAGGGGCGAAAACGCCCCCCUAAACAUCACCACUACAGCAUCACCAACUUACACCAGCUCCCUGGCUCAUAAUCCGCAUUAUCCCCUCAGACACUACCCCUCCCAUAUUCACAUACAAACCAUGCCCUCCUCACCCGCCGCCACGCGCUCCCAUCGGCAGUCCUGGCCGCCGACCCAGCUGCGCCUCGUCCGCUCCCACUCGGCCAAGAGCACGGAGCCGCGCCCGCUGCUCGACGACAUUGACGAGGACCCUCUCACCUACUUCCUCACCCCGCACCACGCCGACGACGACGACACCGACAUGCUCUCCUCCGAUGACGACGACGACGCUGCCGACUUUGACGCCGGCAUCGAGGUCGCCGGGCGGCCCCCGCAGGACUGGGUCCGCAGCGUCAGCCCCUCGACGCUCGACGGCCUGCGCCGCCUGCGCCGCGCCGGCGCCGCGUCUCCCGAGUUUGACUCGGACGGGCUGACGUCUGACGACGACGACUACGACGACGACGUGCGCUCCUCCCCCUCGCCGCCGCCGCCGCCGCCACCGCGCAGCCUGGCCGUGCCGCGCGGCUACCCGUUUGGCUUUUGCGCGCGGAGCCCCCCCGUCGCCCGCUCUGUCUCGGCACCGGCGUCCGCCGCCGCAUCGCUUCGCGGGUGCCGGACCCCAACGCGCCGCGAUGGCCCGCCCCGCGUGAGCAGACCCGGCCACCUCUGGCGCGAGCCGAGCGCCGACGUCUGGUCCAUUAAGGAGGAGACGGAGGAGCAGCUGCUGACCAUGAGCGAGACGCGCGGUCGCUUCGGAGCGAGACGGGGGACGGGAGACGAGGCCGCGCCGGUCAAGAGAGUGCGCUUCGUGCUUCCCGACGAGCAGUGA